AUGGCCAUCAACGAUAUCUACGUCGCCAAUACAGCUCGCCGCUUGGAUGAGUUAUCACGCGGGCGUUUAAGCGUAGACGACGACGGGAUGCUCGUUCUAGGUCAGAGCACCUUGGACAGCGCCCGCAGGCAGCACCUCCUCCACUUAGCCUCGGUAGCCAAGCACGCUGCGCUCGAGACGCACUCCUCCUCCCUCCUCACUGGCCACCUCAGCGAAUCUGAUGACUUUGCCGAUCUGGCUUUCUCCAUCAAGAUAGACCGCGAUGAGGAUAUUGCACACAGAUCGCCCAACGAUAUCGCCAGACUCAUCCUCAACCAGCUCCACCUCUCCUAUACGCUCAUUGUGGAGGAUGACGCCAUAGCACAGAGACUGCCCAAGCAUUCCAGUCACUUGCUCAGCCAGGAUCAGAAAGAUAGCCUCAUUCACGCUUCCUCUUUCGUCGGUCGACCCACACUCGACUUUUCCGCCUCCAUCACCCCUUCAGAAGACAUACACGUCUGGGCCAUCAGGAUUGCAGAGCGUCAGUACCUCGGAUUGCUGACUAUAUCUGUGCAUACGUAG